UUUUCAUGUUGGAGUUCUUUUUUUUUUCUCUUUUUUUUUUACAAGGUAAUAAGUCUGGUGAUCUAUUUUAUGUUAUAUAUUAUGAUGUUAUUGGGUACCCAGUUACCUUACUGUUUGCUUUGUUGUAGUUCAUUGGGUAACUGGUUACCCAAAUCAUAGUAGAUUUGUUUCUACCCAUAUCAUUUUAUAAUCAUGUAUUUUAUUUAUUAUGCAGCAUAUUGAUGUGAUGAUGUAUUACUUGAGGAGAAAGGUUAAAUUGUCUACAGAUUUGAAGAGAAGAGUAUCUACGACUGACACUUGUUUUGGGCAAAACAUAGUGUUUAUGUAUGAAGAUUUUAAGAAAAAAGGUAGUGGCGCAUUUAAAAUAGAUGAGAGAUGCGUUGCUUUGAAGAUAAUGAAGGGGGAAUCCAUGUUUUGUGCAACUCAUUGGAAUUUGCUUGAUGAUGUUGUCAUGCCUGUUAAUGUGAAUGGUCUUAUGCACUGGAUUUUGUUGCACUUUAAUGUACAGCAGAGAUCUCUUACGGUGUAUGAUUCAAUGUCUGGUGCAAAGCAUGAAAAUCAGACUUUACCUGUCGUUGAGGCAUUUGCUGUUUUGAUUCCUCUUCUUCUGGAGAUGAUUGAUUUCUAUGUUCGUAAAGAUAUUCAUCUUGAUGUUAGCCCGUAUGAUGUGGUAGAGAAUGAGGCUUUGAAGUUGAGCAUUGCUAAAGGCAUUCCUCAACAGACUGAUUGUGAUUGUGGUGUGUUCUGUACUUAUUUUGCUGAGCAAAUAAUUCUUGGGAAGGAGAAUGAGAUGCCUAAAAAUAUUGAUGUUCGCCUCCUUCGUAAAGACAUUGCUGUCAGCUUGUACUAUCAUGGAAAGAACAAAGAACUUGAGGGAUACUUAACUAGCGAUGAGUUCACUGAGAAGCUUCUGGAGAGGAGACAGAAAAGAAUGAAAAUUGCUGCAUAGGCUUUUAGUGAUAUUAUAUUUCUUUUGGUUUUUUAAUCUUUUCUACAACUGUAAUUAAAUGGUGAAUCAAUUUCUAGUUUAACAGUUAGCUUUUUUAAUUUUCUUCUUAUGUAAAACAUUGGGAUUCUUAAGGUCAUUUUAUAUAUACAUAUUAGUAUAUCGUUUUGUUAAUUCUUUUGCUGUUAGCUUUUUGGAAGAAUAAUUUAGAGGGU